AUGGGUCCAGGAAUUAACGACCCCCGGAUGAUGUCCGUCAAUCCUCGAAUUCGAUACAACACAAUAGGAGGCAUCAAUGGACCCUUGGUUAUUCUUGAAAAUGUUAAAUUUCCCCGCUACAACGAGAUCGUGUCCCUGACGCUUCCCGACGGAACGGAAAGAUCUGGCCAGGUUCUGGAAGCUAGAGGCGACAGGGCUGUUGUUCAGGUGUUUGAAGGGACACCUGGUAUUGAUGUCAAGAAGACCAAAGUCGAGUUCACAGGCCACAGCCUCAAGCUUGGGGUUUCGGAAGACAUGCUUGGACGUGUAUUUGAUGGAUCCGGACGUGCGAUCGAUAAGGGCCCUAAGGUCCUUGCAGAGGAUUAUCUAGACAUCAAUGGCAGUCCAAUCAACCCAUAUUCUCGAGUAUACCCAGAAGAGAUGAUCUCAACUGGUAUCUCAGCCAUCGACACAAUGAACUCUAUUGCUCGAGGACAGAAAAUUCCCAUCUUCUCUGCAGCUGGUCUUCCACACAAUGAAAUUGCUGCACAGAUCUGUCGUCAAGCCGGCCUAGUAAACAAGCCCAGCAAAGACGUGCAUGAUGGACAUGAAGAAAACUUCUCCAUUGUCUUCGCCGCUAUGGGUGUUAACAUGGAAACCAGUCGUUUCUUCACCCGCGAUUUCGAGGAGAACGGCAGUAUGGAACGUGUUACACUCUUCCUUAAUCUUGCAAAUGACCCAACAAUUGAACGUAUUAUCACUCCUCGUCUAGCUUUGACUACUGCAGAAUAUUAUGCCUACCAAUUGGAAAAGCACGUUCUGGUUAUUUUGACCGAUCUUUCUGCGUACUGCGAUGCUCUGCGAGAGGUUUCUGCAGCCCGAGAAGAAGUGCCAGGUAGACGCGGAUAUCCCGGUUACAUGUACACUGAUUUGUCGACUAUUUAUGAGCGCGCUGGACGUGUCGAAGGCCGUAAUGGUUCCAUUACCCAAAUUCCUAUUCUGACUAUGCCUAACGACGACAUCACUCACCCAAUUCCGGAUUUGACUGGUUAUAUUACCGAAGGCCAAAUCUUCGUCGACCGCCAGCUCCACAACAAGGGUGUUUACCCACCAAUUAACGUGCUGCCCUCACUCUCCCGACUUAUGAAGUCUGCCAUUGGCGAAGGUCGUACGCGGAGAGACCAUAGUGACGUAUCUAACCAACUCUAUGCUAAAUAUGCCAUUGGCCGUGAUGCCUCCGACAUGAAAGCUGUCGUUGGUGAAGAAGCCCUUUCUGCGGAGGAUAAGCUCUCUCUCGAAUUCUUAGAUAAAUUCGAACGAACUUUUAUCUCCCAAUCACCCUAUGAAUCCCGCACUGUGUUCGAGUCCCUGGACUUGGCGUGGAACCUCCUCCGAAUUUACCCCAAGGAUUUGCUCAAUCGUAUACCCAAGAAAAUAAUUGAUGAGUAUUACCAGCGUUCCGGCAAGGGACGGGCCAAGGGGAAUAAAGAUACGAGAGACAACACAGCAGGAGAGUCUAACUUGAUCGAUGUGUAG